AUGAUACUGGAGAUGCAAAUCCCAGAUCUUAAGAAGAAUUUGGGGACUCAGGAAUCCUUGUCUGAACCAAAACCUCAGGAAGAGGUAGAUACGCCAGAGAAGUUGGAUGGAUGUUCUUUAAUUGGAUCAAAAAAGCCAGGGACAUGGGAGAAAGGAAGGAGAUGCUUGAGCAAGAAAGGCAGGACAUCUUUGAUGAAACCAAAACUACAGGGUCCCAGAGAGCAGGGUAGAUCUGCCGUGCUGGAACUGCAUAAAGAGUGUCCAGAGUCCAAGAGAGGACCUGUGAGUCUGAGAAGGAGGGGCAGAAAUGCACUGGUGUCACAGCGACUACAGGGUCUAAGUGGCCAAGAGCAACCAACAACCAGAGGAGAGAUGCACAAGUGUUGCAUGAAAGAGCAGCAGAACUCAAACCUUCAGAAAGGAACAGAAAGCCUGGGUGAAAGUGCCAAGGAAAAAUGGAAGGCAAUUGAGCAAGACUCCAGUACGCAGGCUGUGAAGAAGCUUAAGACAAAUCGAAAGAGAUCAGAACAUUCCAAGGAAAAGGAACCUCCCUGCUCUAAAUCUCCUACGGUUGCUACUUUAGGUGGGACUCAAAGCAAGAGCUUUCUAUGCUAUCCUGUAACAAAAAAGUCUGGUGCGUGGUGUAAAAAAAGGAAACCCAGAAUUGAUCAAAUCAGGUGCUUGCAAAGUUUUAGUGUGACUACAGCUGAAAAAGUGAGAAAUGUAUCUGCAGAAUGUGAUGCUGAACAUUGCAGAAAUGCCCUAAACCAUGACAACAACUUGCUCUGUGCAACAGAGAAGAAUCCAUUUGUGAGAUUAGAGGCCUGUAGUUACAUUGAUACAUUUGUGAAGUCUUCAGCUAGUGGAACUACCAGCAGUUUUAAAUUAAGUGGAUUCUUCCAUGUAGCCCAGGAUAAAAGAAAGCAUGGUUUUUCUGAUUGUACUGUAGAACAGAGUGAUGUGAAUCGCAGCACUAGUAGAAUGCGAAAAGAGAGAUCCCCCAAAAAAGAUGGUUUAUUGCUUAAUAAAGAAGAACCUCAAAACAGAGAAGGAUGUUUUUCAUACUGUCAGAGUGAAAACAAUAAGUCUUUAAGGGGAAAAAAGUGGAAUAUUGGUAGAAAGCCUGAAAAAAAGAUGAAAAUGGCUGAGAAAUCAGCAGCACAGAAUGUUUUCACAGACAUAGCUAAUGAAUGCAGUGAGUGUGAGUUACAGAUGGAAGCGGCAGUUGCCACGUCAAGCUCCUUUGCAGUCUUAGGACUAAAUCAUAAAGAAAUUACUCUGUCACCUUCAAGUGAUCGUACAUCAAAUCUUCCUAUAGGAAAAAAUACUCAUGAAGCGCAAAAUACAUCAGUCUGGAGAAAGAAUGGUACCAAAUUGCUUGCAUUUGAAGAUGGCUCUAAGAAGACAUCUGAGCUCUCUGUAAUAGCAAAAGGAGAAAAUUCAAAUAGUGUGGCACAUCAUUGUGCUGCCUCAGGUAGCCUGAGAGUGCUAGCUCAGGUCCAUGAUGUUUCUAAUUGUCACAAAAGCGAGAUGGAUGAAAAAUUGAACAAAGUUAAUAAGAAACUACAGCAGUUUACUUGUCAAAGAACAGUACCUAUGUCUGGUAAAAAUGUUUGGUCUCUUAAAUCUUGUGCCAGGACUUCUGAAUGGGUUCAUAAAAAUUGUGGGUCCAUCUCAGAAGGAAAAAGACUUUUAAGGGCUGCCUCCGAGGAAUCCUCUGAUAAAGACAGUGUUAAAACUGUAGGAAACAGUGCUGUGACUGGGAAUUUGAGACGGUUGGAUUUGGAUGUGUCGUUGGCAGAAAUUAACAAAGAAUCUACACAUAAAAUAAUGGAUUCAAAUACUGAAUAUCUGACUUCACUUGAAACACCAGAAUCCUCUUCCGUGGAUAUUGAUGAGACUUCGAGAAUAAGCAGUGAAAAUGUGGAAUCACCAGUUAAUAGGGAUAGAAACGCCGUGGCUUUUAAGCAUGAUGAUGUGCAAGAAGUUAAAGCAACCUUGAAUUUUGCGACAAAAGAAAAACGUAAAAGUAAAGGAGCUGUAACAAAAAGAAACCUGUCUGUGACAGUCCAGAAUGGUACAUCUACAGGUAAUGCAAACAGAAUAAACUUUAGCUGGAAAGCAUCAGUAGUGAACCAGACAUUUUCUGAUUUAAAGCUAACGAAAGAUUUAAACGCUGGAAACCUGACUAAAUUCAAAAUUCCUUUAUGCAAAAACAAACCUGAAUCCAGGAAAUUGAAAUCUAUCUGUUCGUUUGAAAGAAAAACCUGUAGUCCACUGGAGCUUCUUGACAGGACUAGUGUUUCAAGAAGACAGAAAACGGGUGAAGAGACUUUUUUGAUAAAUUCUGAGCAGCAGCCUCUUCCUGUCACAAGUGGAGCUAUGUCUACAGCUUCCAUGAAGAAAAAAAUGGAUGAGAUCAACAGUGAGGACUUUCAGCAUGAUGGCUCUGAAAACCUUUCAAAUGAGAUGUCUGUGCUCCCUGAACGUUUUUCUUUAUAUCCACAUCCUUUUCAUGACAGACAACUAGAGUCAUCUUUGCCUGAUUUCUGUGGUACUGAAUGUGUACUAAAAUCUAAUUUUCCUGAUCGUUCUUGGAAUGCAGUUGACAACCCUGUUGCAUUAGAAAUAAAUGAUGAUAGCCAAUCAAGAGGGAAUCUUUCACAACACAAAAGUCAGAAUUUUCCAGAUAUUCUUGAAGCUUACAAAGAAGAUGUUCUUGUCAUUGAUGUGAUUCAGAAUGACCCCGACCUUUUUGGAACCAAUAAUGAAGAGGAGCUUGCACUUGCAGACAGUGAAAAUUGUCCCGCGCAGGCAUCCACUACAAGCAUCUGCAUUAAAGACAAAAAGCAGGACCUUAAGCCCAAGUAUCCUGUUAUCUCAGAAAACAGCAAUUCAGUACAUGAUAAUUUUAGACACAUUGCCAUACAAGAAUCUGAGAUGUCAAAUGAUACUGAAAAUUGCUGUGAUUCCGUGCUAAAAGCUAAAGAUAUUAACACCCACACCUCCUCCGGAGAAAGCAGUCCUUUGGGAGGUGUUACUGAGGACUUUCUUGAAGAUGGGCGACUGAGAGAACUAGAUGAACUUUUAAAGAAUUUUGACGUGGAUGAAAAG